AUGGCGACGGCUACCUCGAUUCUGCAAAGGCACCAAGCUCACCCUCUCUGGCAGAAGUUGGACAUUGAUCCCUGCCCUGCUCACGGGUGUCCCUUUCGCAGCGAGAAGCGCGCAACAACGCGCCCGCUGCAUGUCGGGUAUGCCAUCCUGCGGAAGGCCACGGCGAGGUUGUCGCCGUUGCAGAUGCAACAAGGCCGCCCCAUCCAGUCCGCCCAUCCAGUCCGCCCACCUCACCCACGGCGCCGUGGCUACAGGAUCGGAGACCCGGAUGCAAAAUAUGUCCUGAUCUGGUAUCACGAUGCGACUCUUAUGACAUAUCCCGAAUCAAAACCUCCGCAUAAUACACUUGCAUACAGAACCGCAUCUAACUCCUCUAUGUAUAUAUACAUAUACGCAAGGGGCGCGGCUUCGCCCUCCCCCGCCAACCCCGACCUACUUCCGCUUCCUAACCUCCCUCCUCAGAGACAUGCAAGACGCAAAUAA